CUUUCACUGUGUAGCUCAGACACUCAACUGCACCCACUGAGAGAGAGAGAGAGAGAGAGAGAAAGAGAGAGAGAGAGAGAGCAGCAGCAGCAGCAGCUCUCAAUUAUGGAUCUUAUUCACACAUAUAUGCCACUAAUCCAGAGUUUACUUUAAAAACAAACACACACUAUUUGUUUAUUUAUUUAUUCAGGAGGUUUGAGUUAACUCUCGGUUAUGGAUCGACUUGAUGAAUGGAGCUUCAAAUCCAAGAGCAUGGACCUGGAGGAGGAUUUCUACUUCGACUAUGGAGCGGAGGAAAUAACAGAUUAUCAAGACCCCAGUGAACUUCUGGCUGCUUUGAAACAAAAGGAGGAAGAGGUUAUUUUGGCAGCCCAGCUGGGAAACGCAUUGCUCCUGGAAAACCGUCAGCUCAAAGAUCAGAGCGACAAACUUCAUGAACAAUACGCAGACAAGCUGGAGGAGCUGGAGCAGGGCAGGCAUGAGCUGCGGCAGAAGCUGGAGGGCUGCCAGUCCCAGUGGGAGAGCCAAGUGGGGGACCUGGAGAGGGAUGUGAGGGAGCUGAGCGCCCAGGUGGAGCGGCUGACCUUGGCCCUCAGCGAGGCCGAGAGGGACAAGAGUCGGGCUGAGCUAGAGCACAGCGAGCAGUCUCAGAGACUCAGGGAGCAGCUCAACACGGCGAUGGAGGUGGAGAGAGCCAUGUCCAGUGAGCUGCAGGCUCUGAAAGAGGAGCUCCAACAAAAAGGAAGCCACAACAGGCCGCAGGAUGAGGAGCUUAUCAGUGCCAUGAGGGAGCAGGCGCUGCGUCUCACCCAGAAGGAACAGGUGCUGGAGGAGCGUUUGGAGACUGUGUGUCAAGAAAACACUGAGCUGAGGGCAACUUUGGCCUCCUUACACACACGUCUGGCUCUGCAUGACCAACUGAACCAGCAGCAGAGCCAGCAGCUAGCUGAGGCGUGGCAGGAGGUGGAGGCGGCGCGGGGUCGCUCGCAGCAGCUGCAGGUCCAGGUGGAGGAGCUUCAGGAGGAGGUCUCCCUGCAGGAAGCCAGGAGUCACGGAGACGCCUCCCUGUUGUCCGAGCUGGAGAGCAGCCUGGAGAUGGCAGAGCUGGGAUGCAGCAAAGACGAGAUGAAGCAAGAAAUGGGCUCUAUCCUUCAGUUACUGCUCCCACUGACGCAGGAACUGAACGGCUCAGGGAGGUCAGAGGUCGUGGAUCAACAGGAGGACCUGAAAGCCAUGCUACAUCAGCUGAAGGGAGUGGCCCAAACCCUGGCACAGGCAUCCAGCCCUCAGGAGCUGAAUCGCGCUUUUGUCGACAGGACGGGUGAUCAGUGUGGGAAUCCGAGAGCAGCACAGGAGCUGAGAGAUCAGAACGUCCAGCUGCAGCAGGAAAACACUGAGCUGAGGCAGAAGUUGCAGAGCAUACAGGAGCAGGCUGAAGUCGUCCAACAGGCCAUCAGAGACCGAGAUGAAGCCAUAGCCAAGAAAAACCUGAUGGAGGCCGAGUUGGAGAGAAGUAAAAAUGACAUGAUGUCUCUGAACAACCAGUUAUUAGAAGCCAUCCAACGUAAACUGGAGCUGUCACAGGAACUGGAGGCGUGGCAGGAUGACAUCCAGAUCAUCAUCAACCAGCAGCUCAGGUCCCAGCAGCAGUCGGAGCUUCCUCAGAAGAAGUCCACCACCAACGGCAUGUCCUUCUUCCGCAGGUCAAGCAGGACGGCCUCCACCUGGACACGCCAGCCCUCCUCCUCCUCCUCCUCCUCCUCUUCCUCCUCCUCCACCUGGAGUUCAGACGCUAAUCAGGACAAAAGCCAAUCCCCCUGGAGGGACUGGUUAAGACGGGGGAAAGGGGCACAGUAUGGCAAAUAAUGGACAGUGAGUGCUACACCUUCCUCCUGGGUGCUGAGGAGAGAAGGAACCAGGAGGUGAGGUCAGAGCGCAGCUUUUCAAACAUCAUGUAUGGUGAAAAGAAGCCAUAAAGACACUUUUAAUUCAGUCAUGAACAACAGAGCCACUACGGACAAAGACUGUCAAAUAGACACUAACGUGUACACAUUUCACUGAGAGGCUGAGCCUUCCUAAAAUCGAAACUGUGACAACCUGGAUCACUAACAUUUUCACAGGAUUUGAAGGUUUUGCUUGAGACUGUAAAUAUUGUGCCUUAUUUUGUAAUAUUCGUACUAUUGUGAAUGUCUGUAUGUCUGAGACUUUAUAUGUUGUACAUGAUAGGUGUAGAUCAGUGGAGAGUAUUUGUUCAGAUUAUUUAACGUCACAGAUCAAAGAGAAAGAGAAGUACGGUCAAGAAAUAAACGAUCAAACAAUUGAUUUGUGAGUGUACUGAAUUUUGUCUUCGCAUACCAAGUUGGAACUGAGAAGUUGCAUUUUUUUUUACUGUCAGUUCUGCUCAAAAUAUGUAAAUGUUGAUUGUAUAAGAAACACAACUGUUAUUUUUUAUAAUUUUGUUUUUGUUUGGUUUUCCAGUAAAAACCAAAUAUGUUCUCUGAAUGAUGACUUGGUGUGCUUUGUGUCACACAUUUUCUGUAUGUGCAUGUAUUCUGUGACUCAGUGUUCAAUAUUAAAGCUGCUUAGUACAAA